AUGGGUUGCAAGCUGGGCAAGAUGGUGGCUUCUGAGAGGCAACGCGGGGGCAACACCAACCAGGACUUGGGUGGUGCCCCGCCACCAGCUACGGACCCACGGCUGCCGUUGACUGCGAAGCAGAAAUAUUCAAUGCUCGCAUCGUGGAAGGGGAUCUCUAGAGCAAUGGAGAAAACUGGCAUCUGUAUGUUUAUAAAGCUAUUCGAAGAGAACGAAGAUCUUUUGCACAUGUUCGAGAAGUUUCGCCAGUACCGGACGAAGGAGGAACAGAUCAACUCCAUGGAGCUUGCGGAGCACGCGAACAACGUGAUGAACACAUUAGACGAAGGCAUCAAGGGCUUAGAUGACCUGGAUAACUUUUUUGAAUACAUCCACCAAGUAGGAGCCAGUCAUAGGAAAAUUCCAGGUUUCAAAGUGGAAUAUUUUUGGAAAAUCGAGGCACCAUUCCUAGCCGCAGUGGAAUCGACACUGGGCGAUCGCUACACGCCUAAUGUCGAGAAUAUCUACAAAAUAACCAUUAAAUUCAUACUAGAAACACUCGUAGAUGGAUUCGAGAAAGCCGGCGUGCCCAACUCUACGUGA